CAUGAUUCAUGAGACUAUGCUAAUGAGCAGGUGGGUGACUGAGGAACUUAACAGCUUUGCGAAAUAGUGAGUAAACUGUCCGCCCGCUGUGGGUCUCAGUUUAAUAUUGUCAGUUUUGGCGUCUGUGAGGCUAUGUCACCCCCUGUGUCAGUUCGCUGUAUUUUGGAGUCAGAGGUAUCUCAGCACCGCUCUAAGGAGUCGUGCUGGGUGCUUGUGUCCGGUAGGGUCUACGAUGUGACGGGAUUCCUCAGAAGACACCCAGGCGGAGAAGCUCUGAUUUUGCACCAGGCAGGGAGCGAUGUGAGCCGGGCGAUGGAAGGACCUCCGCAUCGGCACUCAGAGAACGCCAGGAGGUGGAUGGAGCAAUAUUAUAUAGGAGACCUAAUAAAGGACACUGCAGAGCCACAGACGGUGCAAGAAAGAAGGAAAGACGCAAAGUCAGAACAGACAAAGGAAGACCAGACAGGAGCCAGCAGGUGUAGCAGCGUCAACACAGAGACGGACCUGGUGAACUGGACAAAGCCCCUGUUGUGGCAGGUAGGACACCUGGGGGAGAAGUACGAUGAGUGGGUGCACCAGCCCGUCGACCGGCCCAUUCGCCUCUUCCACUCUGACUUCAUCGAGGCCUGCUCCAAAACCUCCUGGUACAUGGUCCCUGCAGUCUGGUUACCCAUGGUAUUGUACCUGAGCUGGUACUGCUUUACAUUGCUGGCCCAGGGAGACACAAGACUCUUCACUACUUUUACAUCAGAGUACACUAUCCUCGUGCACAAGUACAGCUUCCCCUUCUUGUUCCUGCUGGGCAUGUUCAUAUGGUCUCUAGUAGAGUACCUUAUCCAUCGCUUCCUGUUCCACAUGAGACCUCCAGCCAGUAAUUAUUACCUCAUCACACUUCACUUCCUCUUGCAUGGUCAGCACCACAAGUCCCCAUUCGAUGGCUCUCGUCUGGUCUUCCCUCCAAUCCCGGCCUCCUUUGUAAUAGGGGGUUUCUACAUCCUCGUCCGUGUGCUGAUGCCCUUGGGCCUGGGCCUCUCUGUCUUUGUGGGGGGACUCUGUGGCUAUGUGGUUUAUGACAUGAUCCACUACUACCUGCACUAUGGUUGCCCAAAAAAAGGAAGCUACCUGUAUGGGCUGAAGGCCUACCACGUCAAACACCACUUUGAGCACCAAAGAUUGGGUUUUGGAAUCACCACCCGUUUUUGGGAUCACCCUUUCAACAGCCUCAUUCCAGAGGAGACCUUCGGGAAAGACCACUGACUGCCAGGGACAGCACCUCCUUCUCAAGCCCCUCCCUCCCUCCCUUCUUCAUACCCUCCUAGCGACUCGCCUCACUGGGUGGACGUCCCUACAAGCUGGUCCAGGGAGGAGAUACCCAUCUAUGUUCUGUACAUGUUCAUGCCUUUGCAUUUACUACUUUCUCCUCUCUUAAAUCCUCCCUCAUCUGUUUAUCACCUAAUCACAUUCAAUCCUAGCUAACCCCCAUCCCCUGUAGUCUAACAAUAUAUUUAUUAACGGUUAAAAAUAGCUUUCUUAAUUAUUUUUAUUUACAGUACUGUUGAUGUUUCAACACUGAACCAUUGGGUUACACAUGAGAGUACAAACCUGAAAUCACUCGAAUGUAAAGGGAUGGUGGUGGUGAAUCUGGAUACAUUGUUAAACAGGAAGCCAGCUACCCAGCAGAUAAAGGAAUAAUUCAGACAACUGCUCUGCAACAUGGCUUUAUACAGAAAACAAGGAGUACCAUAGAAACACAAUUCUGAAGGCUAUGCAGGAUGUAUGCCAGGUUUCUGAAUUCUCAGGGCACCAAAUGAGAACCAGUCUGUGUUCUGUCAACCACCUUGUACUACCCCAAAAAAUAACUGAUACUCAUGAUAAUAGGACAUUUAUGACCAAUCUGUUCUCGCAUGUUGUUUAAUUGGUUAAGAUGCAUUAUGUUCUCCUGUUUGGUUAUAUCUUUUAGACUUGCCAAAAGUGCACAGACAAUAGUCUACAGAGUGUCCUAGCAUAAAGCAAAGCUACCAAUGGAGUGUGAAUAAGAGCAAGACAGACAGUUUAGUCUGUAGAGGAUAUACUGCUUCUUCUGUUAGGCUGCAGCAUCUUUGCUCUCCUUGUAGAUGGCGGGGUCCAGUUUCAUGUGAAAUUUCAGAAAUACAAAGCCAUAAAACCUGUGGAUAUUUUUGGGAGAUAUUCUGGCAGAGGAUAUGGAGCCUGAUGUAGUUAAAUCCCUUUUGUAUAAAGCAUAGGCUAGUUCAGCCCACUAUACCCUUGAAGGUAGGGAAGUUGCCCGUCCCCAACACUGCAGUACAUCUAACUUGAAUUACAAAAAGAUGUGAAAGUAUUUUUAGGGAAAGUGGAGGCUUGAACUAUUUUAUUUCUGAUUCACCUUUAUUGUUUCUUAAUUGUUCAUAGUAUUACUUCUUCACAUAAGAGGUAAUCCUAGGUGUCGGCCCAUUAUGUUAAAGAAAUGCUAGUGCACAGGGAAAUCGACACAUGGCUGACUCCUCUGCAUGCAUUGGAUUUGAUUGCAAGGUCGUUGCAGUUGCUUAUUGCAGAAACUGAACAAACA